UGCAGUUCGCGGCGCACGCGCACCUCUCUUGAGUUAAUGGGCACCCCGUACGCGUAACCACCUCAAAUAUACUUUUACAAGAUGGACAAGCUACAAAAUAUUCUUAUUUUUGCUGCUGUGCUCGCAUCAGGAACUUGUAACACAAACAUGUUCGGUGGGCGCUGCUCGAGGCGCGACCCUGCCGUGGACGCCUGCCUACUUCGCGCGUUCAACUCGCUCGCGGAGCACCUGAAGGGCGGUGCGCCGGAGCUGGGCAUCGAAGAGGACGAGCCGAUAGUGAUCGACGAGUUAUCUAUAGCACUGGGGGGCGGGCCCGACGGCUACCGAGCCACCUUCAAAGACAUCCAUGCCACCGGCGUCUCAAACAUGACCAUCACUAAUGUCAGGUCCGACCUGGAGACGCACCAGUUCCAGCUGACGCUGUUCGGGCCGCACAUCAGCGCGCGCGCGCGGUACCGCUCCUCGGGCGUGCUGCUGCUAGUGCGCGCCUCCGGCGGCGGCGACUACUGGGGCGAGUACGACGGCGUGAAGGCUAAGGUGUACUUCCGCGGGGCGCCGUACGAGCGCGACGGCCGCACCUACCUGCGGCUGCAGCAGCUCAAGCUCGACUUCUCCGUGAAGGACAUCCAGAUGGGCGUCGAGAACCUGCAGAAUGGGAACGCAGUGCUGCAAGCGGCGCUGAACCUGUUCAUCAACACCAACGCGCAGGAGCUGCUGAAGGAGAUGAAGCCGGAGCUGAAGCGCGACCUGGCCGACAAGAUGGCGCGCUUCCUGGCGCGGAUCCUCGACCACAUCCCCUACGACGAGUGGAUCCUCGACUGACCACUGGCGCACUCACCUACUUGUAACUCCUAACUUAACUAUUCGCAACAUCUUAAUAACUUGUUGUAAACUAGUUUUUAAUUGUAAGGCUACCAUUUAUUUAUACUAACGCUAUCUUGUCAUGGGUAGUGUUACAGAAUGUACCUAGAUUUCACCAAGGAAAAGUUCAUAACAUAAAACAUAUUCACUACUUUUGACGUCCUAGGUACUUACUUAUUUGUUCACAAAAGUUACAAACACAUUCGAAUUGUGUCAGUGCACACUAUGUACCUACUACCUUGUUACUUAGAUACUAGGUACUUAGGUAAGCAAGGCCCUACCACCCGAAAUAUUUUGGUAGGGCUUGAUCCUGAAGGUAUAUAUAUAUAUUAUAUAUGUGUAUAGUAUCCUAGAAAUAAAUUCAAAAAUGGUCUAACAGUUUGAUAAAAAUAAGUUCUUUUGUUAUCCCCAGUGUUUACACAGAAUUAAUUUUUAUUGUUACUAAAACAUCAGGAAGUAAAUGUAUCGUGUUCCUGUGGGAACAUUAUGGUACUACAGUAAUUUAAUGUAGGUAAUUUUUAAUUCUUAAUAGGUACCUCUAAUUUACUCAUGUCAUUACUAUAGUACUACCAUUAAUCAAGAUUGUAUCUAAACAGUGUUCAUUACUUAAAUUUAAAGUAAAAAGUUCAAUACUUUUCUUGGCUGUGUCGUAUAGAUACUACGAGUAAAUAGGAUUUACCAAGAUCCCUUGUAUCACUAUAGAAAAGUUUUCCCUAACUUGCAUAUGUGCACCAUUAAGACUGAUAGCAGACACGAAUACUGUAUUGAAGCAUUUCCCAAACUAUGGGUCGCGGCCCCUUGGUGGAUCACGAGUGUAAUACACUCGCGAUAUUGAGUGUGCCCUGAAUCAUAUGACUACAUUCCGACCCAUCGGGCUAUUUGAGCGUUACCAAUAAGAUAAGGAACAUUGAUGGGUCCCGAAUUUGACCGUUUUUGUAAGAUGGGUCGGAGCCUAGUCAACUUCGGGGACCACUGCUCUAACGUUAUAUUAUAUUGGAAAUUGAUUCACUAGCAACACGAAUGUAAUAUUUUUUAAUAACACAAAUACAUAAAAAAAUAUUUGUAUGAAGUUAUAUAAAUGAUAUUAUUAUACUUUUUUUAAAGUGAGUUAUUGAUUGACGAUCGAUAACUGUACCUAUUGGAACCGAAUUAAUUAGCAUUAUUUACGGUUGUAUGGAUACGUAAAUUGAGAGCGAUUCCAUAAUUUCAAGAUUUAAAUGUGGAAUUUUGUACUGUACCGAGUUUGUACGUUAAUGUUAAUAGAGUCCGUCUAAGCUAACUCUCCACCGACUGCAGCGACAAAGUGAUACUUGCAUAGGAACCUACGCAAUAAACUAAGUAUAAACGUUAGGUAUAUUAUUUUCACACCAAUUUGACGUCUAUGUUGGCACUUCCACGUUCUGUCAUUUGACAAGUAGGUGCUUGAGACGAGAGAGUCGGUGAAGAGUUAUCUAAACUUAUCUUGGAGAGCCUAUAAGCAUUUAUCAUCUGUCGUAUAUUCAGGUAUUUAGAAUGAUUUGUGUGCAAGAAUAGCGUCUUAUCUAAAAAAAAAUAGAUCAGGCACUUCGGUACCAUCAGAUCAAGAGCUAAUAAUUAAUAUAAUUUACGUAUUAUAUUAUGUUCAAUAAAACCUUUAAAAAUA